CACAUGUGUAAAAUAUUUCAUUUUUUUAAAAUUCAUUAAUCUGUAAACGAUAUAACAUCGAAAAUGUUAAUAUUGACAAUUUUAAAUUUAUUGCAUUAUUUUUAUGAUUCUAACGCAGACUUGCCAGUAAAGUGGAACGAAGUGGAAACUGAAAGGAUUGUAAAGCCAAGUGUUAGAAAAUUUGAAAAUUCAUGGAAAAAUAACAUGUACCAUGGAAUACUAUUUCACUACAAAAAACACUUUGGAAUAAUAAUUAGAAAAGAUACGAAAUUUACACUAACAAUAGAAUCUUCAAAAACAAUUGAAAAUUUAAUAUUUGUCUGUCCUUUUGAAAGAUCAAAAGAAUUUCUCGAAAUAAAUUUUGCUGGUACACAAAAUAGUACAAGAGAUUUAACAACAAAUCUUGACUGCGUUCCAUUUUUAACAGUAUCAUACAAUGUACCAGUGUUGGUAAAAAUUAAAACUAAAAAUUGGUCAGUUUUACCUGUUUUUGAUUCGAGAAAUUUAACUUUUCUCACCUCACACAAACCUGAACAAGAAUUUUACAGAAAUAUUCAAACUUAUGGUUUUGUUGAAAAUUAUCAAACACAAAUGUUAGUGUCAGCAAACGAUGUUAAAGAAAUCUUAUCAGAGAAAUUGAGUUUAUUUGUUGGAUUGCAAAAUCAAGCGGAUGUAAUAAAAUACUACAAUUAUCUAACAGGUGCCAGUCGAUAUGUAGAUAAAAAUGAUUCAUUAUCAUUUUAUUUAGUAAACAAGCAGAGGCAUUUUUUUCGCAAAGAAAUAAAUAAAUAUGCGGGCGGAAUUUAUAAAAGUUGUUGGAUAACACUUACUUAUGGUGUAGACGAUGUUUUACAACAAAAACGAGCUCAAGAAUGGAUUCAAUUACAUGAAAUUGCGCAUUAUUAUGACAUAAGGCAACGAACGAUUGGUUUCGGACCAACUACUGAAAUAUGGACAAAUAUCUUUUCUUCCUUCUACAAAAGUAAAUUUUACUCCAAUAAACAGUCAGAAUCAGUUAAAAAUGGAAUUCUAGAAUUCUAUCAAAGCAAUAAAUCUUUUGUACAGUGGAGUGUUGAAAAAAAACUACAAUUAUUAAUGACUUUAUUUGCCUACGAUGGUACUGAUAAAUCUUUUAGGGAAUUUAACAUUCGUUACUAUUCCAAGGAAUAUGACUAUAAGUUUAACGUAAUUCCAAUAAUUUUAGAAGUAUUUCUCGAUCUUUACAAUGUAAAUGUAUUGCCAUUUUUGAAAAAAGUUCUCAAUUUGAAUAUCAAUGCUCCUUUUGUAAAUCCUGAUAUAGAAUUUCGACUUUUAACUGGUCAUCCUUUAAUGCCUGCCAUUGAUUUUAAUAUAAAGCCAACAGAGUUAAAAGCCAGGAGUAGAGGAAACGAUUGGAGACCAUCCUUACCUUUAAUGUUGAUGCGAAAAAUGAAGAAAAAAUUAGUUGAUGUUACUUUUACCAUAGAAUCACCAGUUGAUCUCACAAAUUGUUGUCUUUAUUUGAAUAACGAUUGUCACACUAUUGUUGGAAAACAAAUUAAUAUUAAAUUACAGGCCGACGUUUAUUCUAUUUUAAUAGCCGAAGAAACAAAUGGUACAAUUUACAUUAAUAAUAUAGACUAUCACACUAUUUCAAAAGAAACAAAAAUUCAUUUGAUAGUAAAUAAAAUUUCACGAAGUAAAGAAUUUUUACCUUUGGCAUAUUAUGAAUUUUAUGCACUAGGUUAUAAGGAUGAGUGUUUUUUAAAAAUAUUUAUAAACUACAAAAAUAUGAUGAUAGGUAUAACUCAACUCGUUGAAAAUGCCCAUAAAUUUUACGCAGUUGAAUUAUAUUUGUCGAUAAGUUUAGAACGAAAUGGUUUAGUUAUUUUUAAAUCAAAAUUUUUUGGCACUCAGUUGGAUGAACCGCUUAUAAAUGUAAGCCAUAAAUUGAUGAUUGAUGAUAAAAUUCAUAUGUUUCAUGAUGAACCAGGUCGUUUAUUGCUUCAUUCGAAAAAAUAUAACAGAUUAAAACAUAAUACUUUUGUUGUUACAAGUGUCGGUUUAAAACGAGUUGGAGAGAAUGAUUUUAAUAUUUCUUCGGAUAUCAAAAGAAUUGAUGAAUUUCAUUCAAAACACAAUGUGGACUUGAGCAAUAAUGCAUUGUAUAAAUUUUAUUUUGCACAUUAUAUUCGUACAUUGCGUUUUAAUGGCUUGAAAAAUUACAUUCCAAAUUCUUGGGUUCAAUGGCAGACCAAAAAUGUGGCCUAGGGGGGAGAUGUUCCUUAUAAGGAACAUUUAUAGAUCAAAUUAUAAAUAAUAAUACUAUUAAGAAUAAUAAUUAUUAUUAACUUUCUACUUGUAUAUUGUGAACGAAAUAUAAACUAUCAGUAACAAUUCUUAUUAA